UUGUAGUGACUUGUAUUCAGAGGACUCAGAUGACAGCAACAUAGACAUCUGCAACAUUAGUUUGGGGCGUGAGAUAAUGCAUGCUGUACAAAAGAAUGACGAUCACCAACAAAAACAUCAGCGGGACAAUCGAAUUGAGGAGCAAUCUUAUGGUGAUAACGAAUAUUUUGGAUGUGAAGAUAGCUCAUUGAAUUCUUCUGGAACUUCAUUGGGUAUUAACGAUUACUUGGAUGAAGCUUUGGAAGAAGAUGACAUUGAUGACGACACACAGGGAAGCGAUACAGAUGACACUGAAAGUAAAUUUCAUCAGUCAAAAGACAACAAAGGGACAACUGCUUCCACUAGCUUUUCUUUCCAUAAAUCAUCAAAAAAGUACAAAAAUUAUAAAACUACAACAGAAAAAAAUAAGAUGGCACCAAUUCCAAAUUCAGCAACCCCUUUAUACGUGGCACAACCGGUGAAAUCUGAAAUGAGUAUCAGUCGCGAAAACGCCAACAAUAUGGUCACCUUGGUACAUACAGUCAGUUUUUACAGACGCCAACAGAGUGAUAAUAGUGCCAAUUCUACUCCAAUUCGAAGGGUGAGUAAAGAAAGAAAGAUCUUGCGCUCCGAUAUCAGUAACGCUACUUCUGGAACAAUGAAAAUUGAGCAUAGAAAGAAUAUAGAAGUCAAAAACGAGGAAACGUACCUUGUGGAGGAAGUUGAGAAACAAGUCAAUAGUUCACAAGACGAAAUAGAUACAGAUGAUACUCAUUUAGUGGAAGAAAAAAUCAAAAAACUACUGGAUGAAGUAUGUAAGCAGCAGACGGUGAUUGCUCAAACCAGUCAAGCAUUGAACUUAUGUGCUGCUACCAUUGAAUUUUCGGGCUCGACUGAGUCGGUUGAGGGCGAGCGACAUCUACUUGUAGCAACUCAUCGCCGUCAGGCCUGUUUAGAUGAAGUACAACGUUUGCGAGUAGAAAAGUGUUUACGCCCAAUAGGUUCCUUACGAGAUAAAGGACGCCUUACAGUUAAGGAAAUAACUAUACCAUUACGACAAGACUACAUACGCAAACUAGCUGCGGACACCAUUUCCGGUCAUCAUUUGGUUUGUUUACUAAAGUACAAUGAAUAUGUUUUGGCAACAAAGACAGUGCCCACUCUUCCUGGCCUUCUAGCCGUUAAAUUCCCCGAUGUUUUGAUAAUGAAUAACGUUUAUGCAGAUUUUAGGAUUACCCUAGAGAUUUACGGUAUGACUGCCCAGCGAGAAGUUUUGCCUCACGAGGUAAAAUAUCAUAUUAAUUUGAAUAAAAAAUGUGGCAUAAAAACCCCUAAAAAAAAGGGCAAUGAAAAUCGCCUAGUUAUGCCUCCAGUUCAAAGCCCAGCGGGACCAAACGUCGUGCGCACGCCGGCAUUGGUGCAAUAUGGUUUUGCCAUAUUUUCUUUACGUGAGAUACAGCGUACCUCAUGGACGCUAACACAAGUUCUUGGUGUAAGUCCAUUGGAAGGAGUUGUUCAUAUGAAAGCUAAUUGUGAAUUAUCUGUUUUGGUGGAACAUCGCGGCUUUCUAACGAUGUUUGAAGACAUUUCUGGUUUUGGGGCUUGGCAUCGACGUUGGUGUUAUUUAAAUGGAAGUGUACUUAACUAUUGGAAGUAUCCAGAUGAUGAGCGUAAAAAAACGCCUAUCGGCACCAUCGAUUUGUAUGCUUGUCAUACACAGAAAGUAACCGUAGCACCCCGUGACAUAUGUGCUCGUCUUAACACAAUGUUGCUUGAAUUCGAGAGACCCGCAAGGGAAACAGACGUAGAGUCACUCAUUAUUGUUCCAAACGGCCGCAACACAAUUGUGAGAUACCUCCUUUCAGCUGAUACGAAAGAAGAGCGAGAACUUUGGUGUGCGUACUUCAAUAAAGUCUUACUGUUGUUGCGCGCUUGGGGACCGUCGCAUUGAUUAUCAACUAGUAAUUGUUGAAUUCAAAUUGCGAGACAUGAAUAUUUAUUGGAGAUAUGAAAUUUCAUAUAUGUAUUUAGUUGUAUUAAUUUUGUCGAGGUGUACUAUGAAGUAUUUAAUCAAAAUUGAAUGGUAUUAAUUUGGUAAAACUAGUGCUACAAUAAUGACAACAAAUAUAAAAUAUGUAUAUUGUGGAGGAUUUUAAAUGGUGUUAUGCACUUUUACUUUCUAAACAUUCAGUUAAGUUUUCUACUGUUUGAAUAGACAAAUAGUAUAGUAU